AACCUGCUUGCUCUGUUGUUGUCAAUGCAUUUUCUUUACGUUGGUCUGCACUUCUCUUGAGUCCCACCCGAUUCGAGUGUAAUGCGUGCGGGAAUUUCCUGGUUGAUUGAUUCCGUCGUUGCCCAGAUUUGUCAUUUCGUUCGAGAAAUCAGUGAUAAUGAGUUUCGCGGCGUGAUCUGCCUCGGUUGCCCCGCGUGCUCUCGCGUCUGUUGUGGGGAAUUUCUUUGAUUCUGAUCUGUUUAUGUCCAUCACUCGCUCAAUUCCAUGUCGGCGGUUAUCCCCGAGCAAAACUGAAAGUCAGAGGCUUCCGUUCUCAAAAUAUACCCUGGGAUUCCUGCUGAAGUUUGAUCAUCAUGAGCUCUGAAAUGAAUGGUGUGACAGCUAACGGUCAUGAGAAGCCCUUCAAGAUCUUUAUCGGGUAUGAUCCGCGUGAGGACAUCGCUUAUGAGGUCUGUCGCUACUCUCUGCUAAAGCGGGCAUCCAUCCCCAUCGAGAUCAUACCUAUCAAGCAAUCUGAAUUGAGGAAGAGCGGCCUCUACUGGCGUGAGAGAGGGAAGCUUGAGAGCACUGAGUUCUCCUUCUCUCGGUUCUUGACCCCACAUCUGGCCAACUAUGAGGGUUGGGCAAUGUUUGUGGACUGUGACUUCCUGUAUCUUGCAGAUAUCAAGGAACUGAGGGACCUUGUUGAUGACAAAUAUGCCAUAAUGUGCGUUCAGCAUGACUAUGCCCCUAAAGAGACCACAAAGAUGGACGGGGCAGUUCAAACAGUUUACCCGAGAAAGAACUGGUCAUCCAUGGUCCUGUACAAUUGCAGGCAUCCCAAGAACAAGAUCUUGACACCUGAGGUCGUAAACAAGGAGACAGGCGCUUUUCUUCACAGGUUCCAAUGGCUCGAUGACAGUGAGAUUGGUGAAGUCCCAUUUGUUUGGAACUUUCUUGUGGGUCACAACAAGGUUGUCGAGAAUGAUAAGAGCACCUUCCCGAAAGCCAUACAUUACACUCUUGGUGGUCCGUGGUUCGAGGCCUGGAAAGACUGUGAGUUUGGAGAUCUAUGGCUGAAUGAAUUGGAGGAGUACAAGAAGGCUGGGAAGAACAAAGUAGAGUAGGCAUUGGGUUUGCUCAAAGACCACAAUUGGCUCUCUAUCAUGUAUUGUUUGAGUUAGCUUUCUCAUUGUUUGAGAAUGCAGGUUAUUCUAGUGAGAUGUAUAUGUUAAUUGGUUUUAGGCAUAUGCCACAUUUGUGUUGUUGUGGCCGAGUGUUAUUCUUAUUUUUUAGCCAGAUAUGGCACCAUUUAUCUGUAUCCCUUUCACACGGAAGCUUUGCUUCCUUUCUCUCUUAGAAAUAAAUAACAUCAAAAAUCUGCUUUUGCUUGUAUUGCUUUAUUAUUGCUCGUUAUGGAAGCAGACUGGUUGGUGGUGCC